CGCUAAUAUCGAUGCAGACAGGUCGUUGCCAGUUUUGAAUCAACAUACUGCCGGCGUUUAGCGUCGAUUGAAUUACAACAAGCAAUGCAAACAUUCGUCUGAUUGCGACGACUUUUUAUUUUUUGCCAAAAACGAUUUGUGUUCAGCAAGUGCCUUCGCCUUUGGUCAUCUUUCCAAUUAACAUUAAUCAACUUAUUUAAUCAGUAAUUCAGCAAAAUGUAUUCGCAGUAUAAAACUUUGGCCAGUCAAAAGCCCAGUCAAUCAAAAAUAAAUGAGUUUGUCAAAAAUGCUGAUUUCAACGAGCUUUGUCAAAUGGUUUUGAAAGUUCUUAAUACAUCAGAAGUUACCAAAGUACUCGAUGACGUUCUCAGGGCGUUUGGCAAGUUAAAUCAAUUCCAUGACAAACGAUUAAAAUUAAUCAUAGCUAUUUUGGAUGCACUCAAAAAUAUUAAAGCUCCUACAAAACAUGUGGAUAGUAUUGUUAGCAGAAUCGUUAUUGAUUUUUCUCAGUAUGAACGGACUCAUCUUGUCAAAUUAAUAGACUACUGCAUUGAAAGAAUCAGAAACAACGACGAUGAAUUUAUGAGUUGGAAAGAUAUCAUUCCUUUAGUGCUAGAAAAGUUAGAAGAAGAAAAAACCAUAAAUCACAGAGGUACUGAUGUAACUGGUAAAGAAUAUAAAAAUAUCAUUAUUCGUUCUUUGUGUGAUAUUGAUUGGAAUCCUAAAACUUUAAGUUCAUUAGCUAAAAUGUUUGUUGAUAUAAUAACAGAUGUUAAAGAUAAAAGUAAUUGUGAAAUCGUCAUGAGAGCAUUAGCCAAUAAAAUGAUGAUUGUAGAUCUUUCUGAAUUACCUCCAUUGGUUCAUCAAAUGUUAAAACUUGGAUCAGAGCAUAAUAUUACUUUACUCUAUUCAAAAUUAGCUAGAUAUUUUGCUAAAAAUUAUACUAAUGCAUGUAGAAGUGACGAUAGUCAAGUGAAUUCUGAUUCAAUUGUUGAUACUCAAGUAUCUUUAGAAGAACUACAACAAACAGAAAGCACAGUAUUAUAUCACAUAUAUCAAUCCGCUCUUGAUAAUACUAAAAGCUCAUUGGACUAUAUUAAAUGUUUAAAAUCUGUUGUCAAUGCACCAGAGUACAUUUUGGAUCCUUUUGUUAUGUCAGUAUUACUGUUAUUAUCAAGCUUGUUUGAAGAUCAAUCAUUGCAAAUUUUAAAACAAGCUUUACAAAGGCAGAUUCAAGACGAAGAAAACCAAAGUCAAAGUGCAUGGUUGAGAAGAGUAUCAUCAGAUGAUAUGUCUGCUACAGAAACCAUAAAUCGAGUCAUAGAGAACAGCAAUAAAGAUCGCCAAUUAGUUUUAAAAGGUCUAGUGGACUUUGGAUUUGUUUUACUUGGUAUAGAGCGUAAAUGUCCUACAGAAAAACAUUUACCUUGGGAGUAUGGGUCCCAAAUUCUUCUGAAAAUUUCUAGAAAGAGACAAGAUGCUGGGGGUACUGUUCUUGAAAUUCUUGUAGACAAAAUUGUUAGAGCAGGCUCUAAUGUUACUCAAUAUACUGAUUGUCUAACUUACAUGUGCCGAAAACUUACCAUGACAGUGCUAGAACAUCAAGUGUGGAUUAAUUCAUUAAUGGAACAGUUGUUGGUUAUUCCAGGAAGUGCUGCAUCAUUAGUUUUACAAGCUAUUUUACCGCUGAUGCGGAUUUCAGGUUCUAUAAGAGACAACCUUAUUAUGGUCCUGCGUAAAGCUCUUUAUCGAAAAGGGGUAGAAACUCGUCAAAUGGCUGUAUUAGGAUUUUUGCAACUUUUGAAGAAUUUAAAACUUAGCAGUUUGACAGCUUUAAGUCAAUCAGAAUCUUUAUCAUCAUCUAAUGUUGCAUCUUCAUCAUCAUUUUUCACUCAAGCAACUUUAGAAAGACCCUCACAAAAAUCCAAUCCUUGGCAAAAUACUUGUUUGUGCAGAGAGAUUUUGGCUAUUUUGAGUAAAUGUUUUACACAUGAAUUAGAAGUGCGUUCCCAUUUAUAUCAAGAACUCUACAAUGGAAUAAUUAGAAAUCCAGAGCUUACGGAAUAUAUAGUAGAAUUUUUGUUGGAGCACUUUUACAAAUAUUUUGAAAAUGAUGAAGAAGUCUUACCGCCAUUGUGGUUUGAAAAAUGUAGUUCAAUACAAGGAAUCGAUGUAGUAAUACAUGAGCCAAUAGCAGAACUUAUUUUUGCAUUACAAAAAAUUUACUUGAAAGUAGCUUCAAAAGAGUCGAUGCGCAUCGAUAAGCUCGCUGCGGUCCUAGAAUCACUCUGCAAACGUAUGACUCAAACGGAUAUAGAACAUUUUGGCAUUGAUGAGGAUACAGAUCUUUCGGACAAUACGCCAAAAACUCAACUGAAAAUAAUUAAUGUUAAGCUUGCUAUCUCAGUUUAUGAAUCGUUAUUAACAUUCCGCAUUGCAUCAUGGUCGGAAAAUAGUGAAAAUAUCUGUGGAAGCAUCAUUUCGUUGUUCAAAGGUUACUCUAGAUUAGUAGAAUUCUUCAAAAAACUUGGAAAAUCUAAAAAAGGUGGAAAAGGUAAAAAAGAUAAAGAAAAGGAUGCUAAUGACACAACUAUUAAAAAAGGCGGUAAAGGAGGAGGCAGUCAUAUUAAUGCAAAAUUGCCAAAUACUGUGAUGGAUUUAGAUGCUAUAUCGAAAUGUAUAAAUAUAUUGUACAAAGUCGAAAAUCCCUUGUUGCCGGCAAAUAACACGGAGGCUUUGAGAGGACGAAUAGAGUUUCAUCAAUACAUUUUACAAUCGAGCAUGCACUUGUUUCAGCACGUCAAAACUUUGAAAGAUCAUAAUUUAACGAAAUUUUUAGAAACGAAUAAACACAAUUUCUUCAACAUUGGAGCAAUAUUAUUCAAGAAUUUCAUUAUGGAAUUAAAGACAAUUAGUUCAUUUAAUGAACAGCUAGCUGGUUUAGGAUUAGAGUGCUUCAAAGAAUGCUGCGAAAUUAUGUGCACUACAUAUUCGUCUGAAUUACCGGCUUUUCUUGAAGCAAUUACUGGAGAAAAACGUUCCAAUGGUCUUUCAUUUCAGUUGCAAAGUUUAAUAUCACCUUUGAAAGAUAUUUUUGUAGCGAAUAUUGAUCCAGAAUUACCCGAAGAAGUAGUAGCACAAAAAGUACCUCUUCACGUAAUAGAAAUCAUAUCAAAGCUGGUGAAAAAAAUUCCAUUUGACGAUGUUAAAUGUGAAAAGGUGUUUGAUUGGUUAAAUGAAAUAGCUGAAAACUCUGAUCACCUCGACGUUCAAGUUUCGGCGAUCAUCAUACAGCUGAUAUUAUUAAUAGAAGAACGAAGCAUAGAUUAUGGUGAAACAAUACAAGACAUUUGUGUCGAAUUUUGUGCUAUACUUGGAAAAACGGACAAAAGUGAUGUAACGUCCUCAAGAAAAUAUCAAAUUAUCAAUGAAGCUACCAUUGCCAUUGCAUAUUUAGCUGUCAAUAAAAUACUAGCAACAAAAUUACAAAAUGUUAUUUGGCUUUUGGGAAGAUUAAAUGCAGAAUAUGUUGCCAUGACUAGUCUCGAAGCUGAUGACGAAUCUAAUCGAAAAAAAAUCAAGGAUAAGGAGCAGAUAUUAUGUCGCCAGUUUUCUUUUAUCCUCAGCACAUUUGAAUUAUUAGCUAAUGUAAAAAUUAUGCCUGGCCAACUUUCUGAUGCACUAUUCAAGAAUUUGAAGAAUGUUUACAACUUUGCUUGCUCUUUAGCUAAAUAUUUCAAGAAAAAGUCUACUGCAACGAACCCUGCAUUCCAAUCUGUAAAAUUCAUUCCAGUGAUUCAAGGAGCAGGAAGUGCUUUAAAACAAGCAAUACAUGAGUUGAUUUUACACAUCGAGACAUCUCAAAAUACUGGAAAAUCGACCGAUACCAAUGUUCAGCGCAACAAAAUAUUGAAAGAAGUUAUGGUGAUCCCUGGAGUAGUACAAGCGAUUGAUACUUUUGACAAAGAGAUCAUACUACUUGCUAAGAAAACUAAUGUUGACUUGAUGAAAUACACGAAAUAUGAUGCAAUUCGAGAUUUCAGAAUUAAAAAUUCCCAAGUAUUGGAAAACUUGGCAAACAUGAAUGUCAGUCAAUUGAAUAAUACUGUGGAAUCUAAUGCCGACGCUUCGAUCGCUGCUCCUGAUACUUCUAAUCAAAGUAGCGAAGAAAGUGAAUCUAAUAGCGAUAGCGACGAAGGCCCUGCAACUAAGAGAAAACGACGUAGUUAGGUGUAGGUUAAUUUUCAAAAAAAAAAAAAAAAAAAGGAAAAAAAAUAUUCUGUCGACAGAACCGUAAUACUCAGUUAUUUGUAAAUUUAUGUUACGUACUGUACUAAGAGUUUAUCAUUUUUUUACUUUGAAAAAAAAUUUUUAUAAUUAAAAGAUC